UUUUACAUCCGGGAGGUGGGGCUUUUGUUGCCGAGGCGGUGGUUGUGCUGCCUUCCGGGGGAACCAAUGCAUCGAUUUGGUCCUUUAAACCAACCGUCCAGAUAGCAGCGACCAAAGGCAGAAAUACAAAUCCUGCAUUCGUCGUGUCAAGAGUGCUGCGAAGUCUUGUGUGUGAGCGUGUCCGAGGGAGGCCAAGACCACUCCAACGAUGGCUACUGGUAAAAGUAAAAGCCAGAGUUCUCUUGCUUUGCACAAGGUGAUAAUGGUGGGCAGUGGGGGCGUGGGCAAGUCAGCUCUCACCCUACAGUUUAUGUAUGAUGAGUUUGUAGAGGACUACGAGCCCACCAAGGCGGACAGCUACAGAAAGAAAGUGGUCCUGGACGGGGAGGAGGUCCAGAUUGACAUCCUGGACACGGCGGGCCAGGAGGACUACGCCGCCAUCAGGGACAACUACUUUCGAAGCGGGGAGGGCUUCCUGCUCGUCUUCUCCAUCACCGAGCACGAGUCGUUCACGGCCACUGCCGAGUUCAGGGAGCAGAUCCUGCGAGUAAAGGCGGAAGAGGACAAGAUCCCUCUCCUGCUGGUGGGAAACAAGUCGGACCUGGAGGACCGUCGGCAGGUGUCUGUGGACGAGGCGCGCGGGAAGGCCGAAGAGUGGGCGGUCCAAUAUGUCGAGACGUCCGCCAAAACCAGGGCCAAUGUUGACAAGGUUUUCUUUGACCUGAUGCGUGACAUCCGGGGAAAGAAAAUGUCUGAGAACAAGGAUAAAAACGGAAAAGGGAAACACAAGAAGAACAAGAAGAGCUUCAGAGAGAGAUGCUGUCUACUCUGAACUAUGGACCUUACUAUGCACAAUAUAACUGCCCAGUUUAUUUUUUUAAAUGUUAUGUUUUUUUUGCCAUUUAAUUUAAAAAGUAUAUUUUAUAGCCAGUACAGUGUGUCAACUACCUAAUUGUUGAGUCAUGCCAUCCGGGCUGCUGUGCCAUCGGACGCCAACAUCGGUCCUGACUAAUGAACCAACCUUUCACCAACGCUAACGCUUCAUCUUGGGACGUCCGUUUCUUUUCUAGGGUCAGAGACACUGCCUUUGACUUUGCCCCACCGGGCUUCACAGUAACAGUGCUUGUAUUUACUUUAACAAUCUUAAUCUACAUUAUGGAUUGUCUCCUUAUUUUACUGCAAAGGAACUCUAAUGCUACUGUCUCAUCUUACACCAAAUUUACAGCAAUUCCAAUUGUCUUUUUAUGAAUUUUAUGAAUUUGUCCUUUCUAGCCACUGAAAAAUCAGUGAGAACAUACAUGGCCAAACAUUUCUUAAGUCAUAUUGUUUUUUUGUUUGUUUUUUUAUACGGUGCUCCUCCAUAUUGAUGUCAUUCUGACCCUUCAAAGCAAACAUUCCCAAAGUGCAUCUUUUACUGUUUCCUACGACAGGUCAAGGAAGUUUGGAGAUCAUUUUCUUUUGUUGAAGGACAUGCACUACAGCUGAUGUCCAGAGUUUGCCACUAAAACGUUAAAACUAUUUGAAAAGUCCUAACUUUUCCGAGUCAAUACCAAUGUCUUAACCUUAUUUUUUUUUUUUAUAUAAUCAAGUGCCACGGAAAAUGACUUUUCCAAUGUUCUUUGUAUUCACACCCCCAUCCCCAAUUUUCUUUUUACCUGCCCACUACUGUGAGUAUACUUUUAAUUCCGUCCUGUGAGCAUUGCUGAAUAAAUGUUUUUAUAUAUGCUG